AUGGGCGACAAUCAACACCCUCAUUCGAGCAGCGAUCAGCCGACCUCUCACGAAGAAGGCCAACAUAACAACCAAAGAAGAGAAAAUGAAUUCUUCAGCGAGUUUGAGGACGCAAACAGAUACUCCGUCCAUGAAGUCAUCGGAAAAGGCUCUUACGGAGUCGUUUGCUCAGCCACGGAUACGAAAACGGACAAGAAAGUCGCGGUGAAGAAAAUAACCGAUAUAUUCGAGCACGUGAGCGAUGCCACGCGGAUUUUACGAGAGGUUAAAUUAUUGAGAGCGCUGAAACAUCCAGACGUGGUGGAGAUCUUACACAUUUUAUUACCCUCGAAUCCUCGAGAGUUUAAAGACGUCUACGUAGUAUUCGAACUUUUGGAUACAGAUUUGCACCAAGUGAUCAAAGCGAACGAUGACUUGACGCAAGAUCACCAUCAGUUUUUCCUGUAUCAACUUUUGAGAGGUUUGAAAUAUAUUCACACGGCGAACGUGUACCAUCGAGAUUUGAAACCUAAAAAUAUUUUAGCCAACGCGGAUUGCAAGUUAAAGAUUUGCGAUUUCGGUUUAGCUAGGCCGAGUUUCCACGAUCAAGGGCCGACGACGGUGUUUUGGACCGAUUACGUGGCGACGCGGUGGUACCGAGCGCCCGAGUUGUGCGGCAGUUUUUUCACCAAGUACACGCCGGCGAUUGAUAUUUGGUCUAUUGGGUGUAUUUUCGCGGAAAUUUUGAACGGGAAACCUAUCUUUCCUGGGAAGAACGUCGUCAAUCAGUUGGAGAUCAUCACCGAUAUUCUCGGGACACCUACCUUGGAGCAGAUUGCAAAAGUGAGAAACGAAAAAGCGAGGAGGUUUUUAGGAACGAUGAGAGUUAAACCGAAAGCGAUUUUGAAAGACAAGUUUCCGAAAGCUUCGGAGAAAGCGUUAAAGUUGCUGUCUAGGUUGUUAGCUUUCGAUCCGGACGAGCGACCGAACGCGACAGAGGCUUUGCAAGACCCGUACUUUGAAGGUUUAGCCGAUCCGAGCAGAGAACCGACGGCGAGGCCGGUGAAGGUGGAGGAUUUCGAGUUUGAAAAAAGGAAGAUUGGGAAAGAGGAAGUCAGGAGACUAUUAUACGAAGAGAUAUUGGAGUAUCAUCCGCAAGCGAAGAGAGAGUUUGAAGGCGCGGAGUUAGGGUCGAGUUAUCGAUCGGGCGAAGGAGACCAGUUUGGCGCGCAGUUCGCCGCGGCACAAAUACAAGAGGAUAUGGCGGCUGGGAGUAAGAGCGCUAUUGCACGAAAAUCACAAAGUUUACCUCGCGAAAAGAUGAACGCAUAUGUAAAAAACGCAGAAGAAGAAUACGGGGAGAGAGUCAAACGCCAGGCAGCAGAGCAAGUGUACAGAGAGAAAGUUAAUUCAGAGUCAUUUAGCGAAGGUCGAUCGAACGGUUCGCCUUCAAUCCAAGACGAUAUUUCUUUUGAAAAGGAGAAGUUAUCCUCUGCAACUGCUGCAGCAUAUUCAAUGACGCAGUCAGAGAUGGAUGAAAUGAUUGAUGUCGUGGAAACGAUGAGUUUAGACGACGCAGAUGUAGAGGAAUUAGAACGCAACGCGAGACAAAUGUUAGAAAAUCGAUAA